UCAAUUGUUUAUCUAAAUAGUCACUGAUAGAGGGUUAGCUUCAAAUGGAACGCUUUUGCAGGUGUUGUUUUCCUUAUUGUCAGUUAUAGAAAAUAGAUAUUUAAAAAAUAUGUUCAGUUCAAAAUUAUUAUUAUUUAAAUUAUCAUUAGUGUUUUCAGUGUUUCAAUUAGCAACAAGUUUUUCAAUUGGUGGAUCUUUAAGAAAUUCGAAUUUAUUUGAACUUUCUGUAAUACAUUUCAAUGAUUUUCAUGCCAGGUUUCUUCAAACUGGACCCGCGUCCGAUAUCUGUAAUGAAGAAAUGCACGAGAGUACAUGUAUCGGAGGAGUUGCACGAGUCUACACGGCAAGUAAAAAGCUGCUAAAUGAGAGACCAAAUGGAAUAUUUUUAAACGCCGGUGACAUGUAUCAGGGUACCAUUUGGUAUAAUCUCUUCAAAUGGAACGUCACAGUUGAAUUCAUGAAUAUGCUUCCUCACGAUGCUAUGACAAUUGGAAAUCAUGAUUUUGAUAACGGAAUAGCUGGACUUGUGCCAUUCCUAAAACAUAUAAACUCCCCUGUAGUGGUGGCGAAUUUAGAUAUAACUGAGGAACCAACAUUAAAAGGUCUUUUUACCAAUAGUACUAUAAUAGAAAAAAGUGGAAGAAAAAUUGGAGUGAUAGGUGCUCUACUAUCAACUAGCUAUAUGAUUAGUAGGACAGAAAAUGUAAUAUUUAUCGAUGAAGUGCUAGCAAUAAAUGCGGAGGCUAAAAAUCUAAAAGCAAAAGGAGUAGAAAUUAUAAUUGUUCUCAGCCAUUGUGGUUUGGAUAUUGAUCGAAUAAUUGCUGCCAAUUGCUCUGAUAUUGAUAUUAUUGUUGGAGGACAUUCUCAUACAUUUUUAUAUACUGGUCCUGAACCUUAUCUCGAUAUUCCAGAAGAUGAAUAUCCAGUUCAUGUGAAGCAAGAAGAAAGUGGGAGAUCAGUAUUAAUCGUUCAAGCUUCAGCUUUUACAAGGUAUAUAGGUAACCUGACAGUGUGGUUUGACUCACGUGAUGAGGUUGUAAAUUGGGAAGGGAAUCCAAUUCUCUUAGAUCAUUCUAUUCCCGAGGAUCCAGAAGUACUAAAAGCUUUAAAACCCUGGAAGAAGUUAGCGGAUAUCAAAGGAAAGCAAAUUGUGGGUUCGACAAAGGUUUAUUUGGAUGGAAAGUAUGUAUGCCGUAGAGGAGAGUGCAAUAUGGGUAAUUUGAUUACUGACUCCAUGGUAGAUUACAAUAUCGGAAAAGAUGACAAUAAAUAUUUCUGGACUCGUGCAGCAAUUGGUGUAAUUAACGUCGGAGGUAUUCGAAGUAGUAUCAGCAAUGAUCCCGAAACAAUUAGAUUUGAAGAUAUUGUUGGAGUUCAACCAUUCGAAAAUACGCUGGACACAGCCGAAUUUUUAGGAAGAAGUAUCCUGAAGUUUUUAGAAAAAGCCGUCCUUGCAAGUCGUUCUAAAAAUGAAUUUGUAGGCAAAUUAUUUUAUCAGUGGUCUGGAAUUCAAGUCACCUAUAAUUUAUCAAGUGUACCAUACCAUAGAGUUGUAGACGUAAAAGUAAGAUGUCAAGCCUGCAAAAUUCCAAUCUACGAAAAACUGAAUCUUGACAAAUGGUAUAGACUUACGACUUUAAAUUUUUUACUCGAUGAAAGUAAGUACGCACCACCGUAUUUAAACGGAUAUCGGAAUCGCAUCAGAGGACCUCAAUUUAUUGACGUCUUGGCAGAUUUUAUUAGAAAGAAGAGUCCUAUAACCUACGGGACUGAAGGAAGAAUAACACUACUUGGAACUUGGAAUGGAAAGUAAGAUAAGAUUAACGAUCAAAGUAGAAAAAAUGUAUAUAAAUGUAUUGUAUUAUAAACUUCAAUUACUGAUUAGAAUUUAAACUGUAUAAAGUCUUUGAAAAGGUCAAAUAAAAUAUACCUAGAAAUUAUAGUGCCUAUAAAA